CUUCACAUCUCCCCUCGGUGCGCACACACAAAUUCAAACUCGCCACACACACAAGUCCUUAUUUGUGCACUUUCCCUUUUCCGGUGAGAGGGGGUGUACCACCUGUACCUCCGCCCCUCGUGCCUGCCCGGGCAGCUCCUGCGGAAAGCUCAGAUCUUGCGAUUGCCUUAAUCUGCUGGGAGUCGCACGAAGCAAGGGAGAGUUGUUCUGACAGCAGCAAGCGAGAGGCCGAUCGCUGCGCGGACAUGGCAGAUCUGGAAAGAGUUUUAGAAUCAUUGCUGAAUCCAAGCCCAGUCAAGACCGACCACACCAUAGACCUGGGCUAUGGCUCCGGUGAAGGCGACUUGUCUCAGCUGCCCCAGCAGAAGACCGUCAUUAAAAAGAUGACUUACACCAGCCAGUCGGGAGGCGGCCUCCACGGCGAUUUUCCAAUGGGGUUCCAGGCGACCGGACCCCAAAUGCACGGCGGGCCGAGCCACACGCGCGACGGUGACUUCAGCAGCACCAGUCUGGCCUCGCUGCCCCCACGGUCCGGCGGCGUCGGCGGCUCCGCGCAUCGCAAGGUGUCCACGUCGAGCAGCAUGGAGCGGCGCCUGGGGCCCUCGCGUGUGCCCGCCAUGCCCGGCACGCCGCUCCACUCGCACAACGUGCCGCUCCACUCGCUGAACGUGCCGCUCAGCCCCGGCGCGCACUCCUACCAGGUCGGCCCCAGCCAGACCACGGCGUGGGGAGGAGGAGGAGGAGGUGGAGGAGGCGCCCGCCCGCCCGGCAUGACGGUCAUCACCACCACGGAGACGCUGCGCGCGCGCUCCCCUGCCGCCCCCCGCGGCCGCUCUCCCACCAGGGGCCCGAACGGCGGCACCACCAUGACCAGCACCACCACCGUCACCAGCAACUCCACGACAGCAGAGCGCCGCUUCGGCUCACCGGGGGCCACCGCGUUCGACUUCAGCAGCGACACCUCCAGUCGCCCAUCAUCUCCAGAGCCAGCUCGAAAAAAUCUUGAGACGCGCGGGCGCAGCCAGUCUCGAGAGAGCCAGAUCCGCCAAAGGCUGCAGAGUACUUCACCGUCACCCAGAUGGACCGAGCUGGACGACGUUAAGCGCCUGGUGAAGGGCACCCGCUCGGCCAGCGUGAGCCCCACGCGCGGCCGCUCGGUCUCCCGGAGCGCGAUGGGGACGCUGCCCAUCCCGCGCAAGCCCAGCCUGGAGCGCAAGCCCAGCGUCGAGGGCAGGAGCGGCUACCGCUCGGACGACGAGACCUGGGUCAAGAUCGACAACAGCGUCAAACCAGUGGUGCUGCCCCACUACGACGUGGACCUCCGCCUGCGCUCCGCUCAGGACCUCUCCUACUUCCCGCCCGAGCCGCUGCGCCACGUCGACCCCAAGCUGUCGGCGUUCGCCCUGCAGGCGACGCUGCCCGGCGGCGCGCCCAUGAUGCCCGCGCACUCGUCCACGUCGCGCUCCAUCGCCUCCUACGCCGUGACCACACAGCAGCGCCAGCCCGCGCAGCCGCCCACCUACAACACCGUCGACCUGAACGCCUUCAGCGAGGAUUACUCCGCUCAGAAGCACAGCACGUUCGCCGAGCGGCCGAAGGCGGCCAGCGGAUCUGUAAAUACUCGCGUUGAAAACAUCGCCAUCAAGAAACAGAGUUCUGACACUGCUUCCGGUGCCGCAACUAAACUCUACGGCGAGGAUGAAAGCGCCAACAGCUCCGACGUAAAGAUUCUGACUUCCAGCGGCCACGGAGCAAGGAAAGAGAUGUAUCUGUCUGAAGAGCCUCCCAAGAAGGACGUCUUGGUCAUCCAAUCUUCCAGGGACAAAUCUGGCACCCGCACGUAUGUGAAGGACAAAGCGACACUCAUCGACACCCAAAUGGACGACGAGCCGUGGUACGCCAGCAAUCGGGGCGGGCUGGGUGGCUCGGGCAAGGCCGGUGGCGGCAAGGGUGGCGGUGGCGGCGGCGGUCUCUGCAGCCCCUGCUGUGCGGGUUGCCCCUGGUGGCUCUGGCUCCUGGGGCUGCUGCUCACGUGGCUGCUGCUGCUGGGACUCCUGGCCGGACUCCUCGCGCAGGGGAGCGAGCUCAGCUCCGUGAAGUCGCGCGUCGACCAGCUGGAGCGCAUGAUGCAGGGCGGCGUGGGCCAGAGUUCGCGCUACGUGGCGCCCGCAGCCGGGGUGAACGUCGGGAGGGCGCAGCCCGUGGGAAGCCUCAACCCCGGAGUGGACGCCGGUACUUGGGCGGCCACGGAUGCGGAGAUCAGCACCAGACUCCGCGCCAUGCUCGAGCAGCAGCUGGCGUCGACGGAGAUGAGAGAUCGGUUCCGCGGUCCGAAGGGAGAAGCGGGAGAAGCCGGCCUGAGAGGCGCUAAAGGUGAAGCUGGAGACCGGGGCAUGCCAGGAAUCCCCGGGAGCAGGGGCGAUCAAGGUCAGCAAGGCUCGCCAGGAACUCCAGGCCCCAUGGGCAUUCAGGGACCCCCUGGACUUCAGGGACCUCAAGGAUUUGACGGGACCGUCGCACAGAAAGGAGCUCGGGGAGACGUUGGACCAGAGGGACCACCUGGCCAGAAAGGCCGUGACGGGAUUCCCGGCACUCGAGGGGAGCCCGGAGCUCCAGGUAGUGGACAGAAGGGCGACCGAGGUGCGCCCGGAGAGCAAGGGUUUCCAGGUCUCCAGGGCCCUCCCGGUGUCUCCGGACAAAAAGGCUCUGCCGGAGACAAAGGCUCCACAGGAUUUGACGGUUUGCCAGGAGCGUCCGGCCAGAGAGGCGAGCCCGGACAAAAAGGAUCAAAGGGUGACAGGGGUGAUAAUGGCAGCCCUGGUGUUAAAGGCGAUGCAGGUGAAGCAGGGCUGCGUGGUUUGGCAGGCGAGAUCGGACUUCGCGGGCCCAUAGGACCUGCAGGCCCAGCAGGAAUAAAAGGCGACAAAGGCGAACCUGGAACGGCGGGUCGUCCCGGACCACAAGGAGAGGUUGGCAACCCGGGCAGUGCUGGAAAGCGUGGAGCUGAUGGACAGCCAGGGGAAUCCGGACCCAAAGGACCUCCAGGAGUGGCCGGACUGCCAGGCCUCGCAGGAGAACCGGGAAGGCCUGGCGUGCAAGGAGAGCCUGGAUUAGAGGUGUCCUCGACCUUAAUUUUCUCUCGACACUUCGCAGGAGAACCUGGCAGCCCUGGCAGCGUCAUCAGUGAUGGAGGAAAUUCUCAGACGAUCACGAUUCCCGGGCCCCCAGGUCCACCCGGGUCCCCAGGUCUGCCCGGCACGCAAGGAUUCCCAGGUCCCAUCGGUCCUCCUGGCAGCCAGGGUAUCCAAGGUGAGAAGGGCGAGAAGGGCGACCGUGGAUUCAAAGGAGAAAUGGGCGAGCAAGGAGAGAGAGGCGCGGCGGGCCGCUCUGCAGCUUCCAGUUCAGUUUCGUACGAGCAGGGACCGGCCGGGCCUCCUGGGCCUCCCGGACCUCCCGGACAGCCAGGCUACUCCUCCGACACCAGCAUUUCACGCGACGGCCCAAUGGGUCCUCCGGGCAGACCAGGGCCGCCAGGUCCCCCGGGUGAGAGCAUCGUGGGACCUCCAGGCCCUCCAGGACUUCCAGGAUUUUCAUCGAGUGAAAACUGGCAGCAGGUGCAGCAGCAGAUCCCAGGUCCCCCCGGUCCACCCGGCCCACCAGGAAUUUCUCGCGAAGGCCCGAUGGGCCCUCCAGGCAACCGCGGCUCGCCGGGACCGUCAGGACAAAUGGGACUACCAGGAAUGCCUGGGAGUCCAGGCCAAACCGGAGAGAAAGGAGAAGCCGGUGUCCCAGGGGCUCCAGGAUUUGCUGGCCAAGGCUACAGAGCAGAGCAAGGGCCCCCAGGACCCCCUGGGCCUCCAGGCACGCCGGGCCCCAAGGGAGACACAGGGGCCCCCGGCCUGGGCGGACACUACGCUGGCGUGCAGGGACCCCCAGGCCCCGCCGGGCCCCCAGGAGACAAAGGAGACGUUGGCUAUCCCGGGGUACCCGGUGCUCCAGGAAUUCCUGGCCGCCCUGGCAGAGACGCCACUAACGGCGCUCAGCCGGACGAGGACAUUUCCAUCAUGGUCGGUGUGGGAGAGCUCGAACAGCAGCAGAGCUGGUCGGGGUCUCAGAGAGAGAUCAGCAGCAGCAGUAGCAGCAGCAGCAGCAGCAGCGGCGGCAGCAAUGGAGGCGGUGGCAGGAACAGCGGCGGUGGUGGCGGCGGCGGCGGUGGCGGCAGCUUCUCGAGUGGUUCCUCCAAUCGUGGCUCACAGCAGCCGUCUGUGCAGUACAUCGCUGGGCCGCCCGGCCCGCCCGGCCCACCCGGCCCACCGGGCUCCGGCGGUGGAAGCAGCUGGAGUACAGACUACCAGGGCUACGGGGGAAUUCAAGGACCCCAAGGGCCCCGUGGGCGUCCAGGGGUGCCUGGCUCCCCUGGUGUGCCUGGCACGAUCCACAACAUCGUCGAGAUACAGGAGUACCUGAGAUCUAUCCGGAGCAUCAAUGGGGUGCCGGGAACACCAGGAGAGAAAGGCGACCAGGGGGAGCCUGGGCUGUCGGGACCCAGUGGAUCGCGCGGUGAGCAAGGAUUCCCAGGCACACCCGGACCAGAAGGGCCCCCCGGUUCUCCUGGCUUUGACGGUCAGAAGGGACAGAAAGGCGAGGCAGGAUUCUCAAGAAGAAACCGCAGGGCAGCGGCAUGAGACUGAGAAGACGCUGCCCACACACACACACGGAGAGAGUGUUGUCAAUUGAAAAUUAGCAACACCACUCCAUGUGAUUGCGCGGUCAGUGUGGGGAGACCUGUACAAGUGACACUGCCAUUUCCAACUCUAUGCAUUCCACUGCCUGUUAGUUUGAAGAAAGAAAGGACAGCUAGCACUUAGCGGAUAGUUAUCCUGAGAGUUUUCAUAAGAAAAUGUCUCUGUGUCAUUACGAUAGAGUUGAAUUGGCGAUGAAAAUAAUUAACUACGGAAGAGCUAAAACAACCUCGCAUUUUGUUAAGAGCAAGAAUUCCAUUGCUGUUAAUCUGAUCACCACACACAGCCUCAUGAUCUCUCAGCCCGAUCAUAAAAUUAGUUAAUUUUUACUGAGACGUUGUUCAGGGUGGUUGGAUCUGGUUAAAAAGUAUAUUUGUUCUACAAGAUUAUCUCAUUUCACGAGUUACAGACGGAAUAUUCACGGCUAAGUAUGCAACGAUCCCAUAGAUUCAUCGACUAAAAAUGAAUCUCGCUCUCGCGCUCACGAUGCAUGCCGAAAACAACGCGUGUUCGAACCAGUUAUUUACAUUUCACGCAAAUUACAUACAACCAAUAAGAUAAAGUUGCGCUUUUAACUAAUGGAGUGGCGACAAACGUGUACAAACCGAGGUUUAAAAAAACAAUUCAAAUGACACAGUUAGGAUGAGACACACAACAAAAGCUUUUUUUUUUUAAUCGUAUCGUGGCGCGUAACGUUUUAGGAAAUCGCUGCGGGGCGAUGGGGGAGAGAAAUCUUUGCAUCGCCUUGUCGUUGUGAACUGCCAAGAUGGUUACACGUGCGAACGGGUGUCUUAUUCCUGUCACAUAACGCUGCCUCUACACCUGCCACUUGUCUUGCCCUCAGUCCUGCAUUAUUAUAUUUUUUACCGGUGACUUGUUUUAUGUUUGGGAGACACACAGCUCCCCCCCGCCCCCACCCAGUUUGCUUCAAAGUAUGGUUAAGUAAGUACGUAAAUAAUACUUGGUUUAGGACCAGAAGGUGUGGAGGUGAUCGGGCAACUUCGAGGUCAAAGUUACGAGAGAUUCGGGGUUCGAUUCCUGGCAACGGUUAAAUUAAAGUUCUCAAGUGGAGCGAGGCCAUCAAGCGAGUCGAUGGUCUCCGCCCAAUCACCAAUGAAUGCACUAGAAAACGCCGUAAAACGUAAUUUGGUUUCGCACUUAAUUUAGCGAAAUAUUUAUUUGACCGUCAUGUGACAGACACUAAUCUCGUAGCGGAGUGUGCGCAGGACAGUGCGCCCCACUGAUUGUGUAACGAUGGAAGGCGAAUACAUUUUCGUUCGUUUUUUUGAAAGAAAAAAAAGACGCGUGAAAAUAAGUUGCGUUCCAAAUUCGCGGACGUGAGAUUUGCCGGACGGAUUGUUUUUUGUCGCAUGGUCCCCCCCCCCAAUACUGCAACGAGGAAUCACAAGUGGGAAAAAUACCAAAAAUAUUUCCAGAGAAAAAGAGCACAGGGUGGCAGCGAUGUUAGCGCUGUACUCAUUGAAAAGGGGGAUCAAUUUUUUUUUGGUUUUAAAGCACAGCGCAAUUAGCUCUACGUCUUAAAAAUGUCCGUCACUUGUUGCUCUGUUACCACGCGUCUUAAUUUAAUCCUUAGUGUUACUCAACGUAAACCGCUUCAAUGCACUUUCUCUUGCAUUUUUUUUGUAGUCGUUUGUAUUAAAAAACAAAAAUGAAAAUAAACCGUUGUGG